GUAAUGCACACCGAAUCGGAUGAAUAGAAAUUCUUUUCUGAUUUUUUAUUCGUUAUAUUUUACCAUCGUAGUUGUUGUACCCACUGCGUUAACUAUAAUUUAAUACGUAGUGUAAAUUGAUCUAAGACUUUACCGUUGUAUUUUUAAUAUUUUGUAUAAACAAAUCGAACAAACAAAUUUCUUAUCAUUUUAUCACAAAGAAAAGAAGCCGAAACAAAAGACACAUACCCUUUUUUUUGCAUAAUUGAAGCGUUGGGGCGGCAUUUAAAAACAAUAUAUUUCACUCUCACCUGUGCGCUAGUUCAGUGUCUAACGUGUGAAUUUGUGAAACAUUUAGUUUAUUGAAAUUUUCUCUUUCUGUCGAGAAGAUUCAUUAAGUAGUUUGAGAGAAAAGAGCGUCAAAUUCGACGUGAGCAGCCCAAAAAAACCGUGAAAUAAAAUAAACCGGAAAAAGUAGCUGAUUGCAAAACAAAAGUGUUAACAUAAUAAUGAAAUCUACUAACUGACCAUUUUUCACGGAUAAAAUUAUAAAUUGUAUUUUUUUUUCAUUCGCUUACCCUAUUAUUUUAUAACUCGAUUUAAUAAUUUGGAAAAUUAAAGAUUUUAUUUGAUAUAUGAGCAUACACUUAAAUAAUGGCGAUUGAUUCAACGAUUUGCCCGAAAGUCUUAAUUGUUAGUUUAGUUUUUUGUUCGAUCACACUGAGAGUGACAGCCGAAGAGAAACGAUGGUCUAGACAAAUUUCGAAUUCUGGUUUUUUAAACGAUUGGAUUCCAGUUCAACCGCAAAUUCAGCCACAACAGCGUCAACCAAAUGGACGUGUAUUGAAUUUCGGACCGCCAUUUCCAUCGGCACAAAAUGAUUAUAAUCAGCAGCCGCCAUCGGUCGCAUCGACCGCAAAUAAUUUAGGUGAACCAUUUCAACGGAUUUUCCUUCAGCAAAUGCAUCCACCAAAUUUGCCAAUAUUACCGCAAAAUCAACAACAAUUGCAUGUGACCAAUUUACAAUCGAACCCAUUCCGUCUUCAUCCCGAUAUGCAAUUGAAUGCUGGCCCAUUGAAUACGGGACCACAACAUUUUCUUCUUCAACAUCCACCAAACGAAGUACCAACACCACAAUUUCGAUAUCCACAAUUUAAUCCGCCAACUAAACCGGAAUUCAUACGAAAUGGUGAAUCUAGUCUUCAACCACCACAAUCACAACAAUUGAUUCAAAGUGAACCACCACAACUGAAAACCAAUGGCUUGGAACAUCAACAGCCAAGCCUUGAAAUGCAAGCAUUACCACCACAAGAAGAAGUUCAACUAUUGUAUGUUCCAUUGGACACACUUUACCAUCAACAACAAGAUAAAAUACAAAAUACACGUUAUAACAUUUUACCAUCGCCGGUGAAUCCAUUGCAAAUUAAUAAUUUCUAUACGCAUCAUCAAAAAUUCCCAGCAACAACGGUCGCUCCAACUAGUACACCAUUCAAAAUAACAACAUCCGCAGCAAAAUUGAGAACAACCACACCGAAACCAGUUCAUCGAUUUUCAUUCAAUACAGUAACGGAAAGUCCAAAACCAAAAUCACAUCAACCGCCAUUGGCGAUGUUCAUGAAAAACAGUUUAUCGAUGGUAAACAAUCCAUCGGUGAACGAUGUAUUGUCACAUUUAAUCUAUUCACGUUCGAUUGAUGUCAUUGAUUCGGUGGGAAAUGCUGCGCCAAAUGUUUUCAUCGGGCCAUAUGGCCUCAAUACACCCGAUGGUUAUUCGAAAUUUGAAUUGCCAUAUUUGUCAACACUCGAACAAACGCGUACCGAUCGACAAAUUAAUUUGUUACCAUUCUUUGUGGCGCCGUUGUCAUAUCGUGCACCAAAAGGAUUUGCAAAAAUCCCGUUACCAUCACCGCAUGUCGGUUCAAUUGUUGUUAAUUCACCAAAUACCAUUGCAGAUGUAAAUAGUUACGAUAAUAAUAAAAACUUUUUCUCGGACGCAAAAUUACAUCAGUUACCGUCCGUGCCGUCAACAAAAAAGCCAGCCCAAUAUUUUGGUUAUUCAACACCAGCACCGGAACGAUCGCGUACCACAUCGAGAUUCCGAUUUAGCAACGAAGUAUCGAAACUACCAUCGUCACCACCAUCAUCACAAUCAUACCACAAUGAACCGGAAGUUGUGCCAACAACACCAUCCACUUUCAGUACAUUUAAAUCAACGCCGUCAGCAUACAAGGCACAAACCGAUAAUCUAUUCGAGCAUUCGAUUGCAAGCGAUUCGGACGAACAAAACUUUAAUAAUUUCGGUAGUAAAUAUCAAACAACGAACAAUUUUGCAACGGCCGCACCACCAAAACAAUUACAACCAAUCGAAGAAUAUCGGUUGAAAGAUGAAGGACCAUCAAAAUUCUCAUUGACCAAUUCACAACCGGUUAAUACAACGGCAUUUACAUUCAAAAACGAAGAGCCACAAAAUCUAUUCAGUAGCUUCUUUACACAAACACCAACGCCAACGGUGUCAUUCUUCAAUACACCAGAGCCAAUUGUUACGACAAAACAAUCUGAGGUAACUAAGUUUGAUGUCACCAAUUAUGAUGAACCACAACGGUAUAGUCCAUAUGUAAGCUCAACACAAGCACCAACCAGCACAUCAACGGCAAGCAUACCAUCGGUGCGUGAUGAAGAAGACACUUAUCGAAAUGAUGAAAUUGAAAAAAUGAAGUCGUAUUUCCGCGAACAAGAAGCAUUCAAAGUGCGUAGUCCAAUCGCUAUCUCAACACCAGCUGCCUACUUUGAGAGCUCAUCGGCCGGAACACUCGCCACCGAAAAAGGUUACAAUGACUUCAGUACAAUUCCAUCGAAACUAACCUACUACACAAAAGAUUCAAAACAACAGCAACAGCAACAGCAGCAGCAGCAGCAACAACAACAACAACAACAACAACAACACAGUCAAAAUGUGGCCACAACACCACGAACAACUGUCACUUAUUACACAGCAUCGUCUGCCUCAGAAGCAUCGGCCGAACAAGAUAUUCCACGAUUGAAGGGUCAUAAUCAUUCUGUUCAUAAAUUCCGAUUUGUUGACUCAGUUCUCAAUAAGGAUGAAAACCAAAUACAAACUACACCAAAAACCGAAGAGAAAUUCAUUCAACACGAACCAUUACAAUACAAUGAAAUUUACAGUACGUCACCACGUUAUGAAUCAACAAGAGCACCGUAUCGUGAACGACAAACAAUUCCACCAUUCGAUGAGAACACUGCCACCUACAAUAUUCCAUCGGAAUUAUCACCAAUUCAAUCAAAUCUACCCGGGCUAAUCAAUUCAUUAAUGGAAAAAGAUGGAAAUACAACACCGUAUGUGACAAUACCGACAACAUCGUCACCAGUUGCCAUCACAACACGACGAUCAAGUGUUUCACGAACCAGAACUCGACCACCAACCACUCAACGAACGCAUUCAAUUGACGAUAAUUCGGUGCCGGAAAUUACGACACGUCGUCCAGUUAGAGGUAGACGACCGAUAAAUUAUGUAAAUCGUACAACAACUCCACGUACCACAACUAUUCGCAAUGCAAAUCGUGUACGAUUCAAUCCGAAUGCUGAUGAACGAAACAAUAUACGUACCAGCACACGAACCCGAACCCGUACCAAUGGUCGUCCAGCCAAAGAAGAGGAAAACAUCGACUAUCAACGUGAUGUGCUCAAACAAAACUAUCCAAUUUUAUCGAAAAAUGCAACAAAAUCGAGCGAAAUUAAUAUUGAUCAAUCGAAUCGAGCAUAUAGUUUUAGUCGCGAUACGACCAUUUCACCACAAUUCGAUCAAGUUAAAAUCGAAAAGAAUGUUGAAGUAUCGUACAGCGAAAAGGAAUCAACCGUACCCGAAAAAUACUUUGGCAGCAAAGAGGAUGGCCCAAGAAUUUACAAUCAAUUGCUCCAAAAAGAACCGGAAAUUCCACAAUUUGUGUCGACCACCACAUUUACAUCCAUUCAAAAUGAAGACAAUCAAGAAGAAAUCACCGAAGUGCUAAAAACACGAAAACCAUCGUUUAUUCGACGUGUGCCAACAUCAACUGUACGAUCGGUUACAACGCAACGAUACACCACGCAAUCCGAAUAUGAUACAAGCAAUCGAUCCAAAGAACGAAAUUCAGUACGACAGAAAAAUUGGCAAGAAACAAGUUCGUCAACAUCUCGCAUUGUAAAACCACGUCUUCGCGGUGGAAAACGGCCAAUCGUCCCAACCACAAUGAAUCCAACCACUGAACUCAAUACGGACCAAUCAUUCCAACAAAUUAAUUCGUUCAACAAAGACUUUUACAAAGAAUCACCAUACAGCAAAAAAACAACGGUGAACGACACAAAAAGUUCAGCCGAAAAGAGAAAGAAUCAAUUUAGAUUCUCUUUGAAUGCCGAAGAAAGUCAAUGGUCAACAAAAUUCAAUUCAAACUCUUUUCAACCGUUGAACGCAAACGACAAGUCCAAAUCAACGAAUGACUUACCCGAAGUAGAGAUUGUCACCGCUUCAUCAAUGUCCGAUGCAGAUAAGGAAACGUAUUCAUUCAAUGUUCAAGCAAAUUUCUUUGAUUUUAAUAAGAACAAGGAGAAUGAUAGCACAUCAACCACUGCACAGCCUGAAACAAACAAUGUGGAACCAGAAACGAUUUAUGGUAAUGAAGUAUCAAAAUCGAGUUCCAACAGUCUUAAUGUUGGCGCCGAAGAGAAUAGCGUACAAAAUGGUGAGAAUAAAUCAAAAGCCGGUCUAUUAGACGAUGAACCAGGAACAAAACCAGAAAAGAAAGGUCGUCGACGUGGUGUGUGGAAACGAGUUCGAGUUCGUCCGGUUGAUAGUUUUGAAACUGCCGAAUCACAAAACAUUGGCAAACAAUUGUAUAACACUCUAAUUAGCGACAAUGUUAAAGAGUUUGGUGAACGAAAUACGAAAAAACCAAUGACCGGUACACGUAUCUUGUCCAGCCCAUCGGCCUAUGCAUACGAAGAAAUGAUGAAUUUCAACGAUGAUGAGCCAGAGGUGCAAACCAUAUUUCCCAUUCAAACAACCGAAUCAACAAAAUCGGACGAUUUCGAUAUGACGACAAUGAGCAGUGAAGACUUUAGUGAUCUAACCACUCAAUCGAUUGAAAAAGAUGAACGCGAAUUGGAAGCAACGUCAACGGUCGACUAUAGUGAUUUGGAUGAUUUAACCACAACGGUAUUGCCAUUCAUUUCAUCGGAUGUAUCUAGUGACAUGGAAAAGUCAAACCCCGAACGACCGGAAACCAAUUCACCAACGGCCGAUGAUAAAAAUGCCAAAACCAAUGUUAGCGAUCAAAUAACCGAACCAAGUAGCAUUAUGGAUGAGGUUAAACAAAAAUUGACUGAACUCUUUUCGUUUGAAGAUGACGAUGUUGUGGUCAGUACAACUGAGCGUGUAUUUAAAUUUAAUCGUAAUUUCAAACGACCAAAAUCACCAUUACCACUUUACACAUCAAUCGAUCGUAAUCCAUUAGUAAAUGAUAUUGCCAACAAUGAAAAAGAUAGCAGUGAUAUAGGUGUGAAAUCAUCGCCAGCAUCAAUGAAAUUGGAACCAGUUCCAGUGUUGAAGACGAUACUGCGACCGAUAACAGAACCAUCAUCAUUUCACAAGGAACUGAUGGAUUCUGUGAUUUAUGCAACGUCAACGUCAACCGAAAUUUCACACGAAACCGAAAUUUGCUAUCGUGGACGAUGUGUGAAAACGCAAAAGAAACCAUAAACCGGGGUAUCGUUCCCUAUUAUUUCGAUAGAAAAUAAAUCGAAACAAUUUAGCUUUUCUAUAAUCAUUCCAUUUUCGACUGAAUGAAUGGAAUACUAUCUAAUUCUAAUUCUUAAUUAAAAAACAAAAACAAACAAACAAAAAAAAAAAAACGACGAUGCAUUACCAAGGUUUUGCCAAGAAUUUUGCCAAAUAAAUAAACACAAAUACACACAUCGUAUUCGUACGUAUGGUGAAUACUGAAUA